AUGUUUUUCCUUUUAUUGAUACUCGUUCAUUCGUUCGGGAUCUGACUCUACUACUCCCCAGUUACAGAGAGAGAUUGAGAGAGAGAGAGAGAGAGAGAGAGAUGGCCAAGAGAGCUCUUCUGAUCGGAUGCAAUUACCCAGGAACCAAGGCGCAGCUGAAUGGAUGCAUCAACGACGUGAAGAGGAUGUUCCGAUGCCUCGUCGAUCGAUACGGUUUCUCCGAAGAUGACAUCACUAUCUUGAUCGACACCGAUGACUCAUAUACCCAGCCCACUGGCAAAAACAUCCGACGUGCUUUUUCUGAUCUCGUCCGAUCGGCUGAGCCCGGCGACUUCCUCUUCGUCCAUUACAGCGGCCAUGGUACCCGUCUCCCUGCCGAGACCGGCGAGGACGAUGACACCGGCUACGACGAAUGCAUUGUCCCCUGCGAUAUGAACCUCAUAACCGAUGAUGAUUUCAGGGAAUACGUUGACAAAGUCCCGGAGGGCUGUCGUAUAACAAUUGUGUCGGAUUCAUGCCACAGCGGCGGCCUAAUUGACGAGGCCAAGGAGCAGAUUGGCGAGAGCACCAAGCAUCAAGAGGAGGAGAGAUCGGACUCAGGUUCUGGUUUUGGCUUCAGAGAUUUCUUACAUCAGAAGGUGGAGGAUGCAUUUGAGUCGCGGGGAAUACACCUCCACCACCACCACCGACGUCAUGAAGAGGAAAGUGAAACCGAGCAAGAAGCUCGGUACACCGUGCCGGGUCACCGCAUUAAGAGCAAAUCUCUGCCUCUCUCCACUCUGAUAGAAAUGCUGAAACAGAAGACAGGUAAAGAAGACAUCGAUGUAGGUAAGCUGCGGCCAACGCUGUUUGACCUCUUUGGGGAGGAUGCCAGCCCUAAGGUGAAGAAAUUCAUGAAAGUUAUCAUGAACAAUCUCCAAGGCGGAGAGGGUGAAGGUGGAAGCGGUGGUGGGAUACUGGGAUUUGUUGGGAAUCUGGCGCAGGCGUUCCUCAAGCAAAAACUGGAGGAAAAUGAUGAGGGUUACGCCGAAGCUGCAAUGAAAACGGAAGUCCAAAGUAGCCAUGAAGUUUACGCUGGGGCGAGCAAGAGAACACUUACUGAUAGUGGCAUAUUGAUUAGUGGCUGCCAGACUGAUCAAACAUCUGCGGAUGCAAGCCCAUCGGGCAAUUCUGAUGAAGCAUAUGGUGCUCUGAGCAAUGCAAUCCAGACCAUUCUUAGCGAGUCAGAUGGCACAAUCACCAAUCGGGAGCUGGUGUUCAAGGCCAGGGAGAUGCUGAAGAGGCAAGGAUUCACUCAGCGACCUGGGCUUUAUUGCCAUGACGAUCAUGUGGAUGCUUCUUUCGUUUGCUAAUCUUUCUAUUUUGUUUUUGGCAUGUUUUGAUAGUUUGUGUGUGCGUGUGCGUGUGGGUGUGGGAGAAUGCUUGUAUGACUUUACUAUUUGUUAUAAGCAAUAAGUUUGAGAAGACUGGCCGUUGUGUUGUAUUACAUCUUGAAUUUGUAUUACAAUGGAGGCUCUGUUACAGUGAAAA